AUGCAGUGCAAUCUUGCCAGUCUUGUCAAUAAUACCAAUAGACUCUCGAAGAGGAUCGAACUUUGUGCCAAGGUAUUCUUUGAGCUCCCUGAGGCGUCUACAAGACUCCAUGUUCAAGUUGGGCUCGUUCGUUUUGACUCCAUUGACGAGACCAAAGCUUCUGCUGAGGGUAUACUCUCGCUCAGAAAGUCUGGGAGAGUAGAGUUGGAUUUGAGACAAUUUAUGUUGGAGGACUAUGGUCGAUGCAUCCACCCACCAUUAUUCCAUUUAUAUAUCGUGGAUGAAAAAUUCCUUAGAUUUCUCCGCAAGACCCUCCAUAUUGCGGGAUUUCUUCGUUCCCAAUUGGGGUCACUGAUAGUGGUCGAUAUGUCGUCCCCUCAAACACUAUACUUCAUACCGAUCGAUAUUUGUAUCGACACAUGCUUACACAUUGAUAAGAGAGUGGAUCUGUAUGUGAAGAUGGAGUUUGACCUGUCUUCGAGGCUGAGGACGAGAAGCCAUGUAAAUUGCUUCUUUGAGGCUUCCAACGCGCCGUACUACGUACGAACGUACCGAGUUCGUGAGCCGUACCGUACGUUUAAUGAUGCCCUAGGUACGGUACGUAGUACGGAUUGUAUUACCCUUUUGGGAAGUUUGUAUACACAGUUAUGUUACAGCUAUCCAACCCCUCAGUUUACUCUCGUUACCCCCUAUCCUGCAUUCCCUCUCUGUGACUUGUGUUUCCUGAUCAAUACCCCUCACACCACGCCUCUUGCCGCCUUACAGGCCUCAUCUAUCUUAGCUGUUUUGACUGGAGUACGGCGUACUUUAAUCGAAUCUUACGAUACGUACACCUACCUCUCCUCCUCCCUAUCGUACGAACGUACACAAAAUCUCACCCGUACAGGCCUCAAAAUCGCCCAAUCGUACAGUACUACGCCUCAUUUUGACUUGAACUCCUCUAACAGAUUCAAACAACAUCCGUACUUUAGGUCGGACAACUUCGACGGGACGUCUUCCCCUUGGGAGAAUUCUUCUCCUAUAUGUCCUAAAAAAGGCUUGUAUCCAAUAUCCUUUGAUGGAGGAACCGCUUGUAUAUGUCUCGCAAUGACAUCAAUUGUUGGCUCGCUGAGAGAGUUGAAAAAAGAGACACCGGUUGUAGCCCACUUUUUAACAGAAUCACCGACUAUUCCUUCACAAACGGUCAGCUCAGCUGAAUGGAACGGAGGCCGUAAAGUGAGUUAUAACCACUUACAAGUUAAGGAUUUUGAUGCUUGCUGGGUGGAGACGAAACAAGGCCAUAGUCUCUUGCCUCCGAAGCCAGGAUGGAGUUUCCUGCUGCGGCUAGGGGAACGAUUCGUUCGGGCCACGGCGUAUAACCUAAUCGGAUUGAAAAUAUUAUUCUUUCAUGAUAGCACCAUAUAUUACUUUAAAUUCGGCGUUGAUCUGGCUAAAAAAGAUGACGAAGAAGGCCACCUUACGGUUUUUUGGGCGGAGUGCUGGGAUGAGUUGAAUCCAUGCUCAUCCAUAUGUGUGGCCCCUGUGGCGGCGGUGCGUCUCGACGAGCACGACAGCUCCUUCUCCAGUAGCCAUAAAUUCUUUGCCAUAGUGAAGGAUAGGCGUAGAAGCUUUGUGAGGGGAGUAACAAGUCGUCGUUCCCAAACCUGUUGGCUAGUACUUUGCUCAGGCCGUCUUACAUGCACGAGUGAGCGAAGUGGCAAAGCUAAGGAGGGCAGAUACUUACUCUCUGGAGCAACCCUAAUUACUGAUUCAAAGGCGAUCACGGCGAAUGGCGUAUUUGAGCAACCGGCAAUAACGACUGCCGGAUGCGAUCCAGUUAGCGGUGAAGCCAACAAAGCUACCUUCAUCUCACCAUGGGGUCCGGCUUCAAGGUGUAGAAUCAAUCAGAAGGCAUUUGUAGGAAGGAACGAUACCACCCUUGGCAGGGGGCCUAGCGGUAUUAGAGGGGGUACCAAAGUUCAAUAUAGAUCAAUCAAGAUCUUGGCAGAUAUUCUUCGAAGAAGAGAGAGAAUAAGUUGUAAACGACAGCGCUUGAGCACAGCAGUAAUCAACUCAAGACUCACCGAGUGGCGUAGUUCCACUAUCAAGUACAAGCUUCGGCUGAACCGGGCACUUGAUUCUUAUCCAUCAUAUUCGUUCUCAGGAUUGGGUGGUGGAAAAUACAGUCUGGAACAAGUCAAUAAGCUUCUAGCUCCAACGUGCAAGAGCUCCUCUGAACAUCCUGCCUUGGCCACUAACCUCAUCCUGUUGACCAUUCAUCAGCUCAGCCUGUUUUUCAAGUUAGCCUCAGAAGAUGAGGUAGCAUAUGAAUUAUACUACGAGGUAUUGCCAAGAAUCUUGAAUUACAACGACCGAAAAAUGUAUCAGACCUAA